AGCCCGCUACCAGCGGCGCCUGCCUCGUGUCAUCUGGCAGGAGGUCGUGUGUUUUCUAGCAGAUCUUGUCAGUACGAUUAUUUGUUUAUCCUGAAUUGAACUAUUUACCUUAAAAGUGGUUAAAUCAAAAACACGCGAAGGAAGAGUUGUUGGCUUGGAGUGAAAGAAGAUUGGCGGACAGCAUGGGUUCUAUGGCGCCAUCUGUAGAACAGGUGGAGGGGUCGUUAGGCGCUGAAUAUGCAGAACCUGCCGUGCGAGAUUUGGCUGCCCGCCACUUUCAAUUAGAGCUGUUUGAGCUUGCGGCAAAGCAGAACGUGAUCAUCUGCCUUGGAACGGGUUGUGGAAAAACCCUAAUUGCGGUGUUACUCAUCAAAGAACUGCUUUACCAAACCGCUCUCCCGUUGGCAAAUGGAGGCCGCAGAACGGUAUUCCUCGCGCCGACUGUGCCUUUGGUUCAACAGCAGGCAGCCUACCUCACGCGACAUAUUACAGGUCGCGUCCGAAGUUUCGUUGGAGCUAUGCGUGUUGACGAUUGGUCAGGACGUCAAUGGUACCAACAGUUCGAGGAGAACAACGUGUUGGUUAUGACCCCUACAAUCCUGAAUAAUAUACUGAACGCCAAUUUUAUCUCCAUGGCCAAUUUGAAUUUGUUAGUGUUCGACGAAUGCCACUGCGCCACAGGCAAGGACCCGUACGUGCAAAUUAUGCAAAAUCAUUAUAUUUGCACGCAGCCAAGCGCUCGACCCCGUGUACUAGGGCUGACAGCUUCAGUUUUCAAUAAGAAAGUGCGUCUUGUCGAAAUGGCCUCGCGAAUUGAGGAAUUGGAAUGUAAACUCGGUGCGAAUCUAGUCACUGCCCUCAGUGCCGUGGAUUACAUCACUCGGCCACGGGAGCUGCUCGUGAUUUACCCGACGGCUCCGGUCAACGCGGGCAAUGACGCUGGUGGCCCUCGUAUCGUGACGACCCCAGACGCGAACGUGUCCACAUCGGUCAACGCUAUCCUCGCCGCCGUUGGACCUUUUGGCUGUCUGGAUGUUGUGCGCCGUCGAGUACGACAAUUAACGCACACUAUCCUCAGCGAUAUGGCCCGCGCUGAUAAGCUGCAGAGUACGCGUCGACUACAUAAAUCUUAUGAGCUUGCUGAACGAAUCGUAACCAGCUGGAAUGCGCCUCUUGAAGAUGCUAGCCCUAAAGCUUGGAAACUUCUGGAAAUACUUGAAGAAUUCAAGGGUUUCGGCCAGCCGUUGUGCGGCAUUAUAUUUACCAUAGAACGGGCAACAGUGUUUGCUUUGUGUCGUUGGAUUCAAGCGAUGUCAGCGAAAUAUCCGGAACGGUGGGGCCAUCUUCGUUGCGAUUUCGUCAUUGGUCAGAGCGGCAUGGCACUGUAUGGCCCGGAAUACGGCGAAGGUGGUCAGCUCGCUGAGCAAGAAUUGGUCCGUCACCAGGAACGAGUGCUAAGGGACUUCCGUAGUCACCAACUCAACCUUCUCGUGGCUACAUCGGUGAUUGAGGAAGGCGUCGAUGUGCCGGCGUGCAAUCUUGUCGUGCGAUUUGAUACGCCGCGUAGUAUGCGUUCGUAUGUGCAAUCGCGUGGUCGGGCGCGCAGAUUGCCAUCACUUUACGUUGUCCUAGCGAGCGCUCGAGAAGCCGUUGAAAUACAGUAUGAACUGGCUACGUUCAAAAACAUCGAAUUCCAAUUGUUACGUUACUGUAAUGAGCACCGUCGUGGCCCUGUUGAGCCGUCACAGAUGUUCUUACACUUAUAUAAUCGUUUUCAGCUCGCCAACAUUUACUCAAAGGUGCAUGAGCAUAAUAACGGUCGUGCAAUUAUAACGCCAUUUGCUGCACGUCAGAUCUUGCAGUGGUAUUGUGAUUCGCUUGGGUCUGAUCGCUAUACGCUGCAGACACCCGAGUACACGUACGAAGAAUCGACGCAGUAUCGGAAGCUCGUACGCUGCAGCAUUCGACUUCCACGGCAAAGUCUUCUCCAGACAGCUGUAUAUGGAGAUUGGGAAGAAUCGCACUCUAUCGCAAGGACGUCAGCAGCGUUGAAUGCCCUGCACCGUCUCUACGAAAUUGGUGAACUUAGCCAGCACAUGUUGCCAAUCAAACGUAAGGUCGUACUGGAAGUAACACUGGACGAGGUGAGCCCGGAGGUAGCGUCAUUGUUCAAGACCGGUCCUGCAUCCCAGACGAAUCUCAUUCUGUGUCCUCGAGUGCAGCCGGAAGCUUUUGUACCAACAACUCUGACUUCUGCGGACUUCCCAGUCCGACUCCAACUGUAUCGGUUCUAUCUGCGCCUCACGAAGCUCAAUGAUCCAGACCAUCUUGAUGAUAACUAUAUGGACCCCGAGCUUGAACCCAGGUGUAUGGGAAUUCUUCUCAAACAACGCCUACCUGAAUUCUUACCUCAGUUUCCGAUUUAUACGAGAGCAGGCAAGGAAUUAGUUACAAUUGAGUUUUGUCGUGAGCUUGAACUUCAUGAAGAGCAGUUCAAAUUGUGCUCUGAAUUGAAUGCAUACCUAUUUCGUGAUGUGCUGAAAAUACCGUCAAUGAUGUACAACAUGAAUGAAGUUCCAAUAGUGACCAUUGUAGACCCUAACAGAGAACUGGAUUUUUGUUUGAUUCAACCACCCACGUGGAAUGGUAUUAUACCUCCGGAUAUUUCACUUGAGAGUGCCGCAAAGCUACUGAAGAACGCUGUGGUGAAUAUAGAGGCAACUGAGACGCUUCCAAACGCCCAUGAGAAACGAUGCUACGUGGAGCGGGUGUUUGCCAAGGCUGACGGUGAAUUAAUGCUAGUACCAAAACGGGUACAAAAGCGGCUCGAGAUGAUACAUCCCAGACAUGAAGAUCGGCUUGGAAACAUAUCAAGGCGAACUAAGCACCGAAAAGCGCAUAGUUUGGCACCACGUAGCGCUGCAAAAUGCGUCAUUGAACGUCUGCCCGGCUCUGUAUGGAAUAAGGUCACAUCUGUUCCCUCUAUUUUGUAUCGCGUACGACGUUUGGCCGCUGCUGAAGCUCUCCGUUUGGAUAUCGUUACGGUAUCCGGCCUGGGUUCCAGGGUACCGCCUCUCGAGCCCAAUCAAAACAAGCCCGGAUGGAAACCUCUCGAAAUGGAGCGCAUGGCCGGCCAUCGACGAGCCCAACUUAGUGUCGAUGACGAGACAAUAAGAAAUAUGGAUUUCAGCAAACAGCCAAACCUCGAAACUUGUUGCGGGCCAUCCCCCGUUGAUUUGAUGAAAGCUCUCACUCCUCUGCAUGCUAAUGACAUUGUUGACUCCGAGAGACUGGAGGUCAUCGGGGACUCAUUUCUUAAAAUUGCUGUCACCUUACACUUGUAUCAAGAAUACCAGAAAGCCAAUGAAGGAGAGCUGACCGGCAAGAGAUGCAGGAUUAUUUCUAACAUCAAUUUGCUUCAGCACGCUGUCCCCAAACGCAUUCAUGAGCAUGUCGAAUGUAGGAGCUUUCGCGUAAGAGUUAACUUCAUUCCACUUUCGGCGACAGAGGUAGAACCACUUAAAGGCGCAGCGAUUAAGGCGGAAAUUGCCGAACUGUCAAGAAAUUCCCAGUAUUACAAGAGCAAAAUCUGCGCUGACUCGAUUGAGGCUUUAAUUGGAGUCUACUUGGAACGAUGCGGUCCCGUAGGAGCACUGGAAUUUCUACGCUGGCUAAAUAUACCGCUUGGACGGCGCCAAGAUGGCGAUUUUCUAGAUCGCUUCGAUCUUCCAAUUCCCGAACCGUUACCGACAGGAAGGAUGGCGGACCUCGUGCGUUGGGAGGCAGAAAUGCGCUCAGCUGAACAGGCCAUGGAAUACACUUUCAAAAGUAGACUGUUGCUGCUUGAAGCUAUAACGCACAAGUCGUACCGUUAUAAUCACUUGACGACUUCAUACGAGCGGCUCGAGUUCUUGGGUGACGCUGUUGUCGAUUACCUUAUUUCGCAGUUUAUAUAUACGUCGGAUCCCGAUCUUAACCCUGGCCAGUUAACAGACGUUCGCGCCUCUCUUGUUUGCAAUAAUACAUUGGCCGCCAUCGUUGUCGACAACAAGCUGCACACAUGUAUGCAGCACCACUCGCCGCUCCUGUUAAAACUAACAAAUCGCUUUGUCGAAUACCGCGAGACAGAGAAGCGUAUCAACCUUCUCGACUAUUUAAUCGGUGACGACGAACUCGAAGACGUGGAGUUAAGUGAAGACGAUCUGGAGCAGGUCGAUGUACCGAAACCGCUCGGAGACCUAAUGGAGAGUCUUAUGGGCGCCGUCUUUCUUGAUAGCAACAAAAGCCUUAAGACCGUAUGGCGUGUCCUGGUUAAGCUAAUGGGGGCGGACUUCCUACGAGAAGCGAUCGUCAAUGUACGGCUCAACCCGGUGCGACAGCUGGGCGAGAUGUUCCCCCCAGAUGCUCCGGGCGGAGCAGUCUUUGGCGAGGCCGAACUCUCCGACGAAGGGCGUCGUACUACGAUGAAACUUACCGUUCAAGGACGAGAAUUUGAAGCAACUGCAAGAAACAAAAAAAUCACUAAAGUGCUUCUUGCAAAAAAAGCUUUGCGUUUUUUUAGGCGGGAGAAGGAACGCCUCGAUGAGGAAAUCUGUCGCGAUAAAUGGCUUUGCAAUAGCGAUACAGUAGAGAGGGCCAGACAAAUCGUAGGAUAGGGGCUAUUAGACUAUUUAUUAUUAUGGAUUUUGAUCAAAUAGGAAUAAACCAUUUCAUUCUAGUUUGAAAAUUUGUGGAUAAGUAAUGACUACUGGAGGAUGCUCCUAUUGAGGGUAGAAAUAUCUCUAAAACAUAUUUUAGAAUACCCCAUUGUUAUUCGAGUAGAACUUGAAAUUGAUUAGAGCAUUUGGAAUUAAUGCAAUUUAAGAUGAAAAACUUUGUAUGUACAGGGCGUAUCUAUGUUAAGGGCAGCGGCUUUGUGUACUUCUGUACGUGUAAAUUAUUUUCUUAUUUUUGCUAUUCAUUUAAAUAAACUAAUAAAUGCUUGAGUAUGUAUAAUAUGUAUGAUUUGAGAUUUAUAUGCAUUUGAUAACUCUGGCACGUGUUCUAGCAUGACGGUGAAGGUCUUUCCUUUGUGUGGGUGUGUCCUCCAUGGCAGGCAAUGUAUAUAAUUAUAUCCAUUUACUGAAAACUUUAGAAUUAACACCACGAACAAUAUAGCAGUUGCAUUUACGCUUUGUUACUCUUUCAUUAUAUUCACAGAUUAGCCAUACAACACCCGCUUAGAAAAUGAGACGCGACCUGCCGUUUCCACAUUCAUUACCUUGAUCACUUGCACUCUAUAUAUAUGCUGGGUGCUUCCAGUCAGGCCAAUCCUUCGCCUUUCGCAUAUCUCUGAGUCUGUGAAAGUUUUCCCAAACGAAAGUUAAACGUUGUUGAAGAUCGUUGUCAUUUGAUGAUUGUUUAAAUUAACUCCGUCUUACAUAGUCUAUGCAAACGAACGAGAACGAUUCAUAAAAGUCUGCUCAGCGAGACCUAGUAAGUCUUCAAUAAUUAUUGCUUAUCAGAUGCUGUAAUUCGUUACUUGUGAAGCAUUGUCUCAGGUGGUAUAAUACAUACAAAUACUUCUCUACAGCUUCACUAUAUAGAUAUCUAA